AGUUUUUUUACACUCUGUUUGCAGAUGAGGUGAAAGUUUGCCUUGAACAUCUCAACAAGGAAUAGAUCAAGUAUGUCAGCCUUACAAAGUAUUAGCGAAGUUCAGGAUUCGCCCUUGAAUGGGUCACCGUCUGAGGUGGUGUACGGAGGCACUGUUUCUCCAACCGGUGACGAGCAUCGUAACAUGUCCGAGAAAGUCCAAAAUAUGGCUUCGGCCAUAUAUCGCGAGUUCGAGCUCAUGAUACAGAAAUAUGGCGAAGAUGGCGUUAAAACAUUGAUGCCGUUGGUCGUGAAUGUUCUGGAAGCGUUGGAUCUCGCGUUUUUGGAAAGAGAAGAACAAGCAGUCGAUCAGGAAAUGCUGAAGGAGGAUAAUGAGCAACUUGUCACGCAGUAUGAAAGAGAGAAGCAGUUGAGAAAGCAAGCUGAACAGAAGUACAUGGAAAUUGAGGAUAACCUUAUCGGCCAAAAUAAAGAGCUAGAAUCAAAGAUUGAAUCGCUUGAGUCCAUUAUGAGAAUGUUGGAGUUGAAGGCUAAAAACGCAUCAGAUCACGCUGCCCGUCUCGAAGAACGCGAAGCUGAUCAAAAGGCUGAAUUUGAUCGAUUGCACGAAAGAUACAAUGCCUUGCUACGUACCCAUGUUGACCAUAUGGAACGAACAAAGUAUCUUAUGGGUAACGAUAAGUUUGAGCUGAUGCAAAAUAUGCCACUUCCACAAGCCCAGCUGCGGUCAAGAAUGGGUAUGGCCGCAUCUGUAGAUGCGUCGUCUAUCCGAGGCGUCUCAGACUUGAUUAGUGCCCAUAUGUCUCAAAGUACCACGAUGGACGUAAAUCUUGCUAAUCAUAUCAGUGAUGAAGCUGAUUGGCGAGACGAAUUCUCGUCAGACGUGGAACCGUCACCAAGAGAUUUGGCCUCGGAGGAGGAGAAAGCGGCACCAAGCGCUGAAACAGAGGCAGCUCCACGUGUCAAGAAAGAAGGGGAGAAAGAUGAGGAGGAAGGAGAAGAGCAACAAGAUGGUGAAGAUUCUCUCAGUGCCGAUCUCACUGAAACGGAAGAGGAAGACAAGAUGACCCGAAGGAAACGUCGAAGGCAAAGUUCAUCUACAGAUUCGGAAAAUGGAAUGGGUCGAGAAGUGGAGAACCUUAUCAAGGAAAAUAUGGAAUUACUCGAUAUGAAAAAUGCCUUGAAUAUUGUCAAAAAUGAUCUCAUCGCUCGAGUUGACGAAUUGAGCAGUGAGAAUGCCAUCCUUCGCGAUGAGGUUCAUAGUCUUGAAAUGGUACGGGUAAAAAUGGGUGAUACGAUAACGAAGCUCGAAGAGGAAGUGAAGACAGUCAAGCAAAAACUGGCUGAGAAGGAGGCUGAAGCUGAGGAGGAGGAAGUUCCGCUAGCGCAGCGAAAGAGAUUCACUCGUAUGGAAAUGCAAAGAGUUCUCAUUGAUAGGAAUAUGUACAAAGAAAAGCUUAUGGAAUUGGAAGAAUCUCUGAAAUGGACCGAGAUGCAACGAGCUCGAAAAUUGCAAGCGCAAUCCACAGCACCGAAAAAAGGAGGAAUCUGGGACUUCUUUUCUGGGCUCUUUGGUGAUUCAUCUCCACCAUCACAACAACGUCGAACUGGUCUUCGUGCUGAUGCUCGCAAAAACCAGAUGACACGAAGUGUGGAAUAUCUCGAUCCUGAAAUGAUCUCCGAAAGGCGAGCUGCUGAACGGCGAGAGCAAUAUAAAUUAGUACGAGAACAUGUGAAACGAGAUGACAGCGGCCGAAUAGAGGCAUAUGGAUGGUCUUUGCCAGCAACGCUUGAUAAUUCGAAUGCGUCAUCGAUGGUACCGGUUCCCGUAUGUUGUCGACCGCUCAUGGAAAAUCAACCGUCAAUCAAGGUGUGGUGUGCUACUGCUGUGACCUUGAGAGGAGGACUAGACAAGGAUGGCAAGUUCAUCACCGGUGAUCCCAUCUAUUUCUCUCCAAGGGCUGCUGUGUUGCCAAAAGGAAAAGAAGGCGGUGAUAAACUUGAGGAUGAAAUUUCGCGAGCACGAGCUUUGGAUGCUCGGGAGUGCGAACUGGCUGAGUGGGAAUCUUCAUCUGUAGUAUGGAUUGGUAGUUCUAAUCAAGGCAAGAGCCACGUUGCAAUCCUUGAUGCCAACAAUCCAAACAAUGUCAUCGAGACGUUCCUCGCGUGCGAAAGUCAUCUGCUUUGCAUCAAAGGUGUUCCAGGCAUCUCGGAAGGUGAACCGUUUAUUGAUGAUAUUGUUGCUAAAAAUUUCCUUUGUGGUGGAGGAAAAGUCAAAGAUCUGCCAGAAAGUAUCGACGGAACUGAUUUGGGAGCUUGCGAAUGGGUAGAAUUGCGAAGAAUGGAAGAUUCCGAGGAUGGCGUACCAACAUAUUGCAGCAACGACAUGCGCCCAAGUCCAAAGAGGGUCAGAGACUUCAGCGUUAGCGAGACUGAAGCCGCCAAAGGAUCCCCUGAAGCGAAAAUCACACCGAUGGAAAAAGUAGACGAGGAAGAGUCAGAGGUGGAACAAAAAGAGCAAAAAUCAUCCGAAUCAACAUUUGGUCUAAUAUGGCUUGAAAAGACCGAUGAACAAAAAGCGGAAGCAGAACUACAACAUCCGUCUGGGAGCCGUGUCGGUAGAGCUGCUCUGCCCCCGCACAUUCGAGAUGCGAUGAGCAAGUACGAUGAGACGUCUGGCGAGGCAAUCACUGGCUGGCCCACUGUAUGGUUAGGAAGUCAGAAUCAGUACAUUUAUAUCCACUCAGCUGUAACCCAGUGGAAGCGAUGCCUAAGGAGGAUAAGAAUGCCGGAUGCUGUGCUUUCCAUCAUUCACUACAAAGGAAAAGUUUUUGCCGCGCUAGCGAAUGGAACAGUCGCAGUAUUCCACAGAGCAAAAGGUGGCGAAUGGGCUGAUUUUGGCUAUCAUACGAUCCGAAUCGGACCGGCUACGUCUUCUGUACGAUGCCUUUGCGUUGUAGCAAGUAACAUAUGGGCUGCUUAUAAGAAUUGCAUCGUUGUUGUUGACGGUGAAACUCUUCAAAUAGUGAAAGUGUUCGCUGCACAUCCAAGGCGAGAUAGUCAAGUACGAGCAGUGCAGUGGAUUGGAGCCGGAGUAUGGCUGUCGAUACGUCUCGAUUCUACACUUCGACUUUACCAUGCACAUACAUUUGAACACCUUCAGGAUGUGGAUAUCGAGCCCUAUGUCACCAAAAUGUUGGGCACUUCUCGGCUAGACUUUUCGUACAUGCGCACCACAGCUCUUAUGGUUUCGAAUCGCCGCAUCUGGAUCGGAACUGGCACCGGCGUGGUGAUUUCGGUUCCAUUAAGUGAUAGUAUGGAGCAAAAAGUAGAAACUUCAGAUGCUAGGAAAGGUUCAAACGGUCCUGGUGGACUGGUGCGAGUCAUCAAAGAUAAGCAAGACGAUUCUUCAAGCUCUAGUUCAUCUGGAGGAGCGUUUAUACCAUACUGUAAUCUCUCCCAAGCGCAGUUAUCAUUCCAUGGUCAUAAAGAUAGCGUGAAGUUCUUCAUAGCUGUGCCAGGGGCGCCUCGAUCGUAUGAAGAGGAUCAGGAAGCCGAAUUGAGAAAAAUGCUCGUAAUCUCAGGAGGAGACGGUUACAUUGACUUCCGGAUAGGUGAAGAAAACGAACCGCCGAUUGUUACAAAAGGUGUUCGCGCGCGAGACAUGUCUCAUCUUAUCAUAUGGGAAGUGGACGCUGAAUUACCUAUCGUUACCAAGUAAUCUCUCGCUUAGCCAACUCUACUUCUUGUACUUUCGCUUCUUCU